CGUAUAUCUGAUCCAGAACGCACAUCACAAGACAUCGAGCGUGGACCGAGUGGUUCUAGUCUCUAGUGGUGGAGUGACGAUCCCUGAUGAUCACCUUUGGACCUUGGCGGUUGUGGUGGAGUUGAGUCCACCUAGGAUGGGACGGUUCCGAAUUUUCACUCAGCGUUGUUGUCAAAUACAACGGAAUUUGAGCAAGCGCUCUAUGAAGCGAGGAAUUGCGCUUAUGCGAUCGCGAAACUGUCGCGUAGUCUGAGCGCUGCCGGACUUCUUUGAGUGCUGCGGAACGCCACAUGGAUGUCACAACGCGCGACUACAGGCCAAAGCCGAGGUGUAUCAGAAACGUCUGGGGGCCUAGGUGUGCACUCCCUGGCGACUCCAAGCCGCUAAAAAUACAUCCGG